AUGGCUGCCGUAGCCACUGUCCCAGAGCAUGAAGAAAUUAUAUCCAUCCCCCCCACCACCACCACCACUAACACUCCGCCGCAGACCUUCGCUCUGCCUGUGGAUUCAGAAAAUAAAGCCACAAAGAUGAAGGUCUUCUCAUUAGCGCAACCCCACAUGAGAGCUUUCCAUCUCUCAUGGCUCUCCUUCUGCACUUGUGUCAUCUCCACGUUUGCUGCCGCCCCGCUUGUUCCCAUCAUCAGGGACAACCUCAACCUCACCCGCGCUGACAUCUCAAAUGCUGGAAUCGCCUCAGUCUCCGGCAGCAUCCUCUCACGCCUCGUUAUGGGAGUGCUCUGCGACCUUGUUGGACCCAGAUACGGUUGUGCUGUGAUCAAUAUCCUGGCAGCUCCGGUGGUAUUCAGCGUUUCCUUUGUGGCAGAUGCUGGUGGUUAUGUAGCGGUGAGGUUCAUGAUAGGGUUCUCGCUGGCGACAUUUGUGUCUUGUCAGUAUUGGACGAGUGUGAUGUUCAAUGGGAAGAUUAUUGGGGUUGUGAACGGGGUGUCUGCAGGGUGGGGUGAUGUGGGAGGUGGGCUUACUCAGCUGCUGAUGCCGGUGCUCUUCCAUGUCAUAACUCACAUGCUCGGAGCCACGCCAUUCACUGCGUGGAGGAUUGCUUUCUUUAUUCCGGCAUGGUUUCAUGUGAUUGUUGGGGUUCUUGUUAUGGUUUAUGGCCAAGACUUGCCUGAUGGCAACUUUGCUCAAAUUCGAAAGAAUGGACCAGUUUCAAAGGAUAAAUUUUCUAAGGUAUUCCGAAAUGCAGCAACGAAUUAUAGGACAUGGGUCUUUUUUUUGAUCUAUGGAUAUUCCAUGGGCGUGCAGUUGUGCUUGAAUAAUGUCAUCUCAGAAUACUUCUAUGAUAGGUUUGGUUUAAAGCUUCACACAGCUGGAAUAGUGGCAGCUAGUUUCGGGGUGGCUAACUUUUUUACACGUCCAUUCGGUGGCUACGCAUCUGACUUAUCGGCUCGUAAGUUUGGAAUGAGGGGCAGAUUAUGGACAUUGUGGAUAACACAAACCCUAGGAGCCAUUUUCUGUAUAUGGUUAGGCCGAGCUAAUUCUCUACCCAUGGCCAUCUUGUCGAUGAUGUUGAUGGCCGCUGGAUCACAAGCCGCUUGUGGUGCAACUUACGGCAUCAUUCCAUUUGUUUCCCGGCGGUCUCUCGGUAUUCUAUCUGGUUUGACCGGUGCCGGUGGAAAUGUUGGCGGUGGUUUGACCCAACUGCUAUUUUUCUCCGGUACAAGGUUUUCCACGGCGUGGGGGUUAACAUGGAUGGGUGUGAUGUCGGUGGUUCUGACUAUUCCGGUGGCUUUUAUCCACUUCCCACAAUGGGGGAGCAUGUUUUUACCGGCGUCAAAGAAUGAAAAAUACAAUGAAGAGUAUUACUAUAGCUCGGAGUACAGUGAGGAGGAGAGAGAGAAGGGUAUGCACUUCGGAAGCAUGAAGUUUGCAGAAAACAGCAGGGCCGAGCGUGGGAAGAGAUCGGUGGUCGCCGUCACAGAAACCUCUCCGAACACCACGCCGAUCCACGAUGUCUAA